UUUUGGAUCUCACACUUUGAAAGGGGAUUGUGAAAUAAAGACUUGGUCAACAAAAUGUGAGAGUUUUUGUCGCGUCCACAAGGACGUACGCCAGUGUUUUAAGGCCUAAUUAUACUCUUCAGUCUACUCUCCACCACCCAACGUAAACAUAAAACACCAUCAUCCAAAAAAACCACCACCCUCUCGCACUUUCUCUUCAAGAUCAAAUUUUCCCAGAAAAUCGGCUCUCAUUUUUCAUCCAAACAGUACAUGCAAUAAAGUUGUACGUGAUUGAAACAAACAAAGGCCAAAGGCCGUGGGGGUGAAAGUUAUGCUCCCGACGAUGCCCAGCAAGCUAAGGAAGGCAUUUGGCGCAGUGAAAGACCAGACCAGCAUCAGCCUCGCCAAGGUUUCGAGCACCAACGCCGGCGCCAACCUCGAGGUGUUGAUCCUCAGAGCGACCACCCACGACGAAAUCCCCAUCAACGAGCGCUACGUCAAUGAAAUCCUCCUCCUCGUUUCCUCCGACAAAGCCCACGCGGCGGCCUGCGCGCAAGCCAUUUCCAAACGCCUUGGCAAGACUCGCAACUGGAUCGUCGCCCUCAAGUCCCUCAUGCUUGUCCUCCGAACCUUCCAAGACGGCGAUCCAUAUUUCCCUAAAGAAGUUCUCCAUGCAAUGAAACGUGGCGCAAAAAUUCUCAACCUUUCCAGCUUCCGGGACGACUCCAAUUCCAGCCCCUGGGAUUACACUGCCUUUGUCCGGACAUUUGCUUUGUACCUCGAUGAGCGCUUGGAUUGCUUUCUCACAGGGAAGCUUCAACGGCGUGUUACGUACCGGCAAAGAGAAAGCAUCCACCAGAGAACCCGGCUCGUCGCCUCGCCGGUCCGCGACAUGAAACCGGCAAUGCUGCUUGACAGAAUAUCAUAUUGGCAGCGUUUGAUUGACAGAGCCAUAGCCACAAGACCCACCGGCGAAGCGAGAACCAACCGUUUGAUCCAGAUUUCGCUUCACGCAAUCGUCCAGGAGAGUUUUGAUCUCUACCGCGACAUUUCUGAAGGGCUGGCGCUUCUUCUAGACAGCUUCUUUCACUUGCAAUAUCAAUCUUGUGUCAGCGCAUUCCAAUCAUGCGUUAAGGCCACGAAACAAUUCCGGCAGCUUUCUUCUUUCUACGAUUUCUGCAAGAGCAUCGGCGUAGGGAGGACCUCCGAGUAUCCAAGCGUGCAAAAAAUAUCAGAGGAGCUCAUAGAAACUUUACAGGAUUUCUUGAGAGACCAAGCAUCCUUUCCUAGUCAUCAUGCUCGGAUAUCACCGUUGCUUCUUCCUGCGCCGCCGGCGCCUCGGAAUGAUCGUCCGAAGAAUCGCGGUUCGAGUUCUGAGAGGUUUGCUUACGAUCAAUCAGAAUUAGCGCCGGAGAGGUUGUCGCAGAGCAGAGGAUUUGGGUCCAGAUCUCGGUGCACGUCAUUGGAGGAUCUUAUGAGUAUGACAGGAGUAUCCCCGUCUAUGAACAUUGAGCAACAUGAAGAAAAGCAACCUACCCUAGAGGAUUUCAUUAGUGUUAAUGAUGAUUCCGGAUCGCCACUCGAACAAGGAGCAAGUUCAGGUGUCAACGAAGAAAAACAAGAACCAGAAAAGAAAACUUUGGAGUCAUUGGGUUUAGAAUUGGAGAGUCAGAAAGAUGGUUGGGAGCUUGUUUUGUUUGAGUCUACAGAAACCCAACAGGUGCAGCCCUCUACAAACCUAGCCAAUGGGUUCGAGCCUUCGGUUGGUUAUUCACUUCCUCAACACCAAUAUAAUCCAUUUUUACAAGACAUGGUAGAAGCUGCUCCCACAUUUCAGGCAGCGGCGACGGCAGUGGUGGCACCAACCUUUUACACACAAAGUGAAACAAUGGCGGCGGCGCCAACAUUUGUUGCGAACAAUCCCCAGGAGACGAUAUCAGCAAUAUUUCAGAAAGAAAACGACCCUUUUGAUGCAGUGGGCGAUGAACAUGUGUGUAAUGGGAAUGAGAAAAGUGUAUUGGAUGAGCAACAGUUGUGGUUGGAGAACCAAAACAGGAUCAUUGCAAAGCAUAUGGGUUGAUUAAUUGAGAAAAAUAUACAAGUUAUGGAAUUUUGUAAAUUAAAAAUAAUUAGUAUUUUAUUGUAGAGUUAGUCAUAGUUAUCAAACUUCUUGAGUUUGUUUUCUUCUUAAUUUGCAUUAACAAAUGUGUGUUUAGGAACUGUUGUGUAAGGGUCGUACACAGAGAGGGUCAAAGAGAGAGUUUGGGCUUUGCCUAUGGGUUGGAAGUUGUGGAUUUUCAGGCCCAAGCCUUUUGUAUGGGCUGUGGCUCA